AUGCCUCUGGAAGCUCGUGUGAAGUCAGUGUUGUCUGGCGACACUGUUGUCUUGUCGCAUGUUAACAACCCUGCACAAGAGCGUGUAUUAAGUCUUGCAUAUGUGUCGUCGCCGAGACUGCGCAAAGAUGGAGAUGAGCCUUACGCCUUCCAAUCCCGUGAAUUUCUCCGCGAGCUUCUUGUCGGCAAGGUAGUCCAAUUCCAGACUCUGUAUUCCGUCCCAUCCUCGCAACGCGAAUUUGGAAAGGUCAAGCUUCCGACUUUCGAAGUUACGCUGCCCGAAAUUGUUGUCCAAGAAGGAUGGAGCCGCGUCCGAGAAGAAGCCGGCAAGCGAAGCGACGACUCGGAAGAAACUGUUGCGAUGCUCGAACGCCUUCGCGCACUCGAAGACCACGCUAGAACUGAAGGAAAGGGUGUAUGGGGAACCGAAAGCGGCCGCAUUGAAACCCGCUACGAUCUUGACGAUGCUAAGGCUCUAGUGGACCAGUGGAAGGAUAAACACCUCGAGGGUAUCGUCGAGCGAGUCCUGACUGGAGACCGUCUCGUUCUUCGACUGCUUAUCGACCCGGCAGAGCACCUGCAGGUCGUCGCUGUGAUGGGUGGUGUUCGUGCGCCUGCAACCAAGCGGGUAGGUGCCGAUGGCAAGGAGCAGCCUGCCGAGCCCUACGGCGAGGAGGCCCACCAGUUCGUCGAGUCCAGGAUUCUGCAACGCAAGGUCCAGGUGACUCUGUUAGGUGUUACCCCUCAGGGUCAACUCAUCGCCAGUGUCCUUCACCCCAACGGAAACAUCGCCAAGUUCCUUCUGGAAGCCGGUCUCGCCCGGUGCCACGACCACCACUCUGCUCUCCUUGGUGCUGAAAUGGCAACCUUCCGCCGUGCGGAGAAGAUCGCUAAGGAUGCCCGGUUGGGUCUUUUCACUAACCUUGUCGCGCCCAAGGGUCCUGCUGGCGGGGCCGCCGAGGACUACAUUGUUGGUCGUGUGCUCAACGCCGACACCAUUUUCGUCCGAAACAAGGCUGGCCAGGAGAAGAAGCUUAGCUUGAGCAGCAUCCGUCAGCCCAAGCCAUCCGACCCCAGCCAAGCGCCGUUCGCCGCCGAUGCCAAGGAGUUCCUGCGCAAGCGCAUCAUCGGAAAGCACGUCAAGGUCACCAUUGACGGCAAGAAGCCGGCGAACGAGGGCUACGAAGAGCGGGAAGUUGCUACGGUUGUUCAAGGAAACACAAACGUUGCUCUUGCUUUAGUGCAAGCUGGAUACGCAUCGGUUAUCCGUCACCGUCAGGAUGACAGCGACCGAUCUCCUGUUUAUGACGAUCUGAUGAUCGCUGAAGCCGAAGCUCAAAAGGAUGGAAAGGGAAUGUGGAACCCUAAGCCCCCGAAGACCAAGCAAUACCAGGAUUACUCCGAGAGUCUCCAAAAGGCCAAGAUGGAGGUUUCUAUUCUCCAGCGCCAGAAGCGCGUUCCUGCCAUUGUCGACUUUGUCAAGUCCGGAUCCCGCUUCACCGUUUUGGUUCCUCGCGAAAAUGCUAAGCUUACCCUUGUUCUUUCUGGGAUUCGUGCUCCUCGGUCUGCUCGUAACCCUGGUGAGGCCUCCGAGCCAUUUGGUAACGAAGCCCAUGAGUUUGCGAACAGACGAUGCAUGCAACGUGAUGUCGAAAUUGACGUUGAGACCAUCGACAAGGUCGGCGGUUUCAUCGGCACCCUUUACGUGAACAAGGAGAACUUCACCAAGUCUCUUCUUGAGGAGGGACUGGCGACCGUCCACGCAUACUCUGCAGAGCAGUCCGGUCACGCUACGGAGUACUUUGCUGCCGAACAACGCGCAAAAGACGCCCGUAAGGGACUUUGGCACGACUGGGAUCCUAGCAAGGAAGUUGAAGAAGAGGAAGAGGCAACCAGCGGCAGCGCCGUUGAGGCCGAAGCCACCACCCGCCGCAAGGACUACCGCGAUGUUAUGGUCACCUACGUUGAUCCAUCCACUGGCCGUGUGAAACUCCAGCAAAUUGGAACCGGCACCUCGGCCCUGACAGAGCUUAUGAGCGCAUUCCGAUCAUUCCAUAUCAACAAGUCAAAUGACACUCCUCUCCCUGGUCCUCCCAAGGCCGGUGACUUUGUUGCCGCCAAGUUCACUGAAGACGGUGAGUGGUACCGCGCCAAGGUCCGCCGCAACGACCGCGAGAAGCAACAAGCGGAAGUCCUUUACAUCGACUACGGUAACUCUGAAGUUCUGCCCUGGUCCGCUCUUCGACCCCUUGGCACACAGUUCUCCGCCCAGAAGCUCCGCCCUCAGGCUGUGGAAGCUGUUCUCUCAUUCAUCCAGUUCCCCGCCAACCUUCCCCACUACAUGGAAGAAGCAGUUUCUUUCGUUGAGGAGCAGACCUUCAACCGCGAACUUGUCGCUAAUGUUGACUACGUUGCGCCCGAGGGAACACUGCACGUUACUUUGCUCGACCCCGAGGGAUCAAAGACCCUGGAUCAGAGCAUCAACGCGGAUAUCGUUCACGAGGGUCUGGCUACCGUUCCUCGCAAGUUGAAGGCAUGGGAGCGCGCUGCUGGUGAGACACUGUCCAACCUUCGGGCCCUGGAGGAUGAAGCAAGACAGUCGCGUCGUGGUAUGCACGAGUAUGGUGAUGUUGGUGAGGAAGAUUAG